CCAUAGCAUUUUUCGGCUAACAUUAGCUAACCAUUGAUAAUGCACAUUAUGGUUAGUUGUACUCUGCUCCAUAACAGCUCCGUUUCCGGACGAGUUAAAUGGGACGUCAAUCUCUACUAUUUCGGUUAUUUAGCUAGUUGCGCUUCGUUGCCAUUUGCUGAAAAACUCCACUAACCGUCAGCCCUCUGUUUAUUGUCUGAAGUCAGGAGGUCGCCUCCUCUUUAUUCCGCUCCACUAUCUGAAGUAGCGUUAGCUGGGUCGCUAGCAUCUGCUGCUGUUGCUGUGGUACAUUUAAGAAAUAGUUCCUUCUUUACUGCAGACGAACAACAACUGUAGCCCGCCUCGUGAGUGGUCUAUAAUGGGGAACUGAAGUCAAAAACUGGUGUUAACGUACGCUCAAGCAAGUUCACCAUGAUGUCCAUGACUUUUGGGGUGUCGAGCAGCGUGACGCUGCUGUUUGACUUCUGGGAUGUGCACGGGCCGACAGGGAUGGUGUUGUCGGUGAUUGUGGUCUGUCUGUUGACCGUCUUCUACGAGGUGCUGAAAGUGUGGAGGGUGUGGCUGGGGAGCAGCUCUAAGCUGGCCCAGUCUCAGUCUCCGUACACCGCACCCCCCUCCAUCCCCAGCGACAGCACCUCCGUCCUGGAGAGCAGCCCCUCGGAGUCCUCGCUGACCCCCAUGCAGACACCCCCUCCCACUCCGAACACCAGCCACAGCUGGUUGCUGCACUGCAUCCAGACAGUCCUCCACGUGCUGCAGGUGUCUCUGGGCUACAUGCUGAUGCUGUGCGUCAUGUCCUACAACACCUGGAUCUUCCUCGGGGUCAUCGUGGGCUCUGGUCUCGGUUAUUUCAUCUCAUUUCCUCUCCUGGGUAAGAUCUGAUGGUAUGGACAGUUCAGGCCCAGGACGGAUCCCUCCCCCCUGACUUAAGAGGAUCUCCUGAUACUAAAUGGGAAACUACUGGAUUGACUAAUGUCAGCGUGUUGUUCAGUUGCUCCAGGCAAAGCUAUUAUUUGUGAAAAUUUGAACACGGGGGUCACUAAAGGGGAAUUCCUUGUAUGCUGAAGAAUGAGCUGCACAAUACUAACGCACACUACUGUCGCAAGAAACUUAGUGGGGACAUUUUCAUCCAUUCUGAUUGUGGCCUUGGGGCUCAGUUGUUAUUUUUUUUUAAACAAACACUAACUGGACAUACUCAGUUCUUAUGUUUGUCUUUGACCAUUGGGACAAUGUGUUUUAAGAUGUAAAGGGGACAUAAUGUUCUGUUUCUGAGGAACAGUCUUGCUUAUCCUCUCAAGCAGCAAACAUGUUAGUGAGUGAUGGAUGUGAAAAAGGAAGUCUCCAGGGAGGGAGUGCUGCUUGCUUAAACUCUUCGUUUUUCUUUGUUUAUCCUAAAAUGCAUUGGAGGCUAACACUGCAGAGUACAACACGGAGCGACAGAAAGUCCCACGCAUCUUGUGGCACAUUACGGUUGUUUCUGUCAUUUUCUGUUUUCCUAGUCAACCUUGACGGACAUGUUUUUUUCUAACUAUUACACAGUUCCCUGUAUUAUACUAAACAAUUCAAGUUGUUGUGACACUACAGGUGAUCCAAAUGUUUGAGAUUUCUAAUCCCAUGAAUAAAAAUGAAGGCUUUGGCUUAGUUGAUAAGACACUUUACAGUAGCUUUGAAGUGGAACUCAUCCUGAAGACGUGUGUUUUUGACUGCUUAGUAGUGUUGAAGUAUUGAAAACAGAUUUUGCUGAGGUUUAUUUGCAGUGUUUUGGAGUGAAAUCUAAAAUCAGACUCCCACUCGGAGCUAAGACUUAACAGUCAGAUGUCAUGAGACAGAGCUCAGAUUCAGGAACUGAAUCAUUUGUGUGUAGCUUGUUAACUUCUCUAAUCUCGGUUCACUAACAGAUCAGUCCUCGUCACACGUAUACCAGGCAAGGGUGACACUCGGUCAGGUGGUUCUGAGGCAAUCAUUGACAAACCAUGAACCUGCAGAGAAAAGAGCCUUGCAACUGACAUUUCAGAUGCUUUCUGUUAUAUUUCAACAAGUAUGCUCUUUCCUUUUGAUAUGGAGUAUUUUUACUAGUUUUAUAACGGAUUCAUAUAGAAACAUGUUCAAAUAUGUCGGACGACUUGAGAUUGUUAACCGUUAAAUAUCAUUCAUUUUCCUCGUGAUGGUUUCCUAUCACAAGAAUUUAGUCAACAAAAAUAAAGCGUGAAGUUGA